AUGACCGUUAGGGUGGCCUCCCGGGGCAAGCAAAACCAGGAAAUACCAGUAAUCCUCAUGAAGCUCAUUUACCUAGGCUUAUUGACCAAUAUCCUUAAUCCCCCCUCCCUGAUUCAUGCCGCCAAUGUGGCCGUGAGGAAGAUGGGCAAUAACGCCAUCAUCGAACGCAACAAAGUUGCAUGGCUAGGAGAAGAUGGGUUUCAAGAUGGGUUUUCAUGUCCAGAUACUCAUGUCCUCAACCCCAGUGCCGAUAAGCAGUUUGCUUCCUGUUGUUUGCCAGGCCAAACUCUUAAGGGAACCUCCACAACUGCAUUUGACUGUUGUGCUGAAGGCCAUGAUCUAGCGGGCUCAGAAGCCAUUGGUUAUACCUGUUGUCCCACCGGCCAAGUUUAUGAUGGCAGGGUCUGCAAAAACGGCAAGCCCCUCGUGCAGGGCAAAUGCGCCUGUUCUGAAGAUAAAAACUUAACUGCCGAGGGGUGCUGCGAGCCUGAGGAAUGUUCUUCCGGGCUAAAGACCGAGCUGUACGUCAUGGAUUUAACCUCUCCCAUCAAUGCUACAGGGAAAUGCUAUACGUUUCUCGAAAAGAAUGGCCAGCUUCUCGGCUACCUUCGUACCGGCGGGCACUACAAUGCAGCUCCGGAUAGCAGAGACCGCAUCUUUGGAAAGUUCCAGCUCUGUAGAGAUCGGACAUGCAACCCAGGACGCCCUAUCAACUCUGGGGACGAGCUUUAUAUCAAAGACCUUCACGGAACUCCUAUGGAUGGAGCAGAUGCAGGUCAGUGGUUGAAUAACGCAGCCGACGGUGCUCAUAUCGGCAAGACCCCAGAUUUCACGAAAGCAGGCAGGUUCGCAAUCACCAAAUGGCCUUGCGGUAAAUACUGCAUUACGGGUGCAGAAUUCGGUCUCGGACCUGCCUGUCCGGCUGACCAGCCUGCGCUUACAUUCUACACGCGGUCUUCUGAGCCGUGUGUGCCGUUUGAACUUACGGAGGUCCCAUGCAGGGUAAGGGACAUCGAGAACAAUUGCAUCUGGCACAAUGGCAAGGACCAAUGUUGUGACAAGAUUGACUGCUCGGAGAGAGUGUGUCACAAAUAA